GUAUAUAUGAAUCGGGAAUCGGAUACCUCUGUAGACCCGUAGAGCAGUUCGUCAUGAAGGCUUGUGUGGUAUUGGCAGUUCUGUUGUCCGUCGCUUUUUCUGAAUCGGGCAAUUCCGUUCCACAGGAAGACGAUGGCAUAGGCAUGGAAUAUUUCCUAGUGGAAACUGAGCCUGGUGUUUAUGAAGUGGAGGACCUUGUCCACGCCGAAAUAGAUGUCAGGGCGUCUCCGUCAGACCUCACCUACCACUUCCACAGCAGGAGCAACCCCAGCAGAGGCAUCGACAUCCGAACUACUAACAUAGGGGCGCUCAGAAACACUCAGUUCAGCGUCGCGAAGGAUACUCUGUUCAUUGUACAUGGUUGGAGGAAUUCCCAUGAAUCUGCCGUCAACAACUACAUCAGGGAAUCCAUUCUGGCCAGGCACGACAUCAACGUCUUCGUGGUGGAUUGGAGUCCGGUGGCUGGAAGGAACUACGUCUCCGCUCAAGGAGCCGUCACCACGGUUGGAAACCACGUAGCUGACUUCAUACGCGCUUUGAUUGCCACCUUUGGCUUAAGACUGGAUAGAGUCGCUUUCGUUGGUCAUUCGCUCGGUGCUCACGUCUCUGGCAACGCUGGUGCGUCGCUGAACGGUCAAGUGGACCACAUAGUGGGUCUUGACCCAGCUCUUCCCUUGUUCUCCAUUAACAACAUAAACAAUCGCUUGGAUCCCUCCGACGCUAGAUUUGUUCAAGUCAUACACACCAAUGGAGGUCUUCUUGGAUUUAGGGAUUCGAUUGGAGAUUCCGACUUCUUUCCAAAUGGAGGUUCCUCUCAACCUGGUUGUGGCGUAGAUCUAGCUGGGACAUGUGCCCAUUCUAGAGCUUACGCGUACUACGCUGAAGCCAUAAGGGCGUCUCGUAACUUGUUCGUUUCCGCUCUGUGUGGCAAUAUGAACGAUUUUAACGCUGGUAGGUGUAACUCUAACACGAGGUCUGCCAUGGGAGGCUACACCAUAGAUAGGAUUCGAGGUGAUUUCUAUCUUACUACAAAUAGCCAGUCUCCGUUUGCCAGAGGUUAAGAA